AUGGAUACGAUGGACAAGCCUGUCCGGUUUCAACCUGUGCUUCUGCAGGGGUCCGGGUUUCUACAACGGUCCCCCGGCAUUCAGAAGGAUUCAAUCCGUUGUUCAAUGGCCCAACCAUACUCUCCCCUGGCUAGCCAGUCUGACGCACAUGAACUCAUCAUGUAUUCUUGUGGCACCGCUCAUUUACACUUUAUCGAUCUGGCCAAGGAUGUCGUUCCCAAUACCAGUUGUUUGGAAUGGUUUCAAUCUCGUGGGGAACCCUUCAGAGACUACGCCGUAACCCGACAAUGCGCCGAGAUGGUACCCUAG